CGCCGAAGUGACGUCACAAUAGCGUCGCAGCAGCACGCAGCUUCGCCAUUUUCCUCUCCCCGUAGCUUCUUUGUGCGCCGCUUCCUGCGCUGUUUUCACCGAGCGCUCCGUGUUUAAAUUUAAAAUAUAAUUACCGACACCAUGCAGGGGAACCGAGCCCAGCAGAACCACGGCGGGACCAACAACAACGCCAACAGGAAGCCCGGAGGAGGGGGUACAAACGGGCAGCAACCCGAGCCCAACCGGGCUAACGAGGCCCUAACCCUGGACCUGCAGGGCUUCAGGAAGCCCGGGGAGAAAACCUUCACGCAGCGGAGCCGCCUCUUCGUGGGGAACCUCCCGACGGGAGUCACGGAGGAAGACUUGGAGAAGCUGUUCGCUAAGUACGGCAAGGCCAACGAGAUCUUCAUCAACAAGGAGCGAGGCUUCGGCUUCAUUCGGCUCGAAACCCGAAUCAUCGCCGAGAUCGCCCGAGCCGAACUCGACGACGCGCCGUUCCGCGGCAGACCCAUUCGCGUUCGAUUCGCGACGCACGGCGCCGCGUUGGCGGUUAAAAACCUGCCUGAUUUCGUGUCUAAUGAGCUGUUAGAAGAGGCGUUCGCUGUGUUUGGGCAGAUAGAGAGAGCUGUGGUGAUAGUGGACGAUAGAGGCAGACCCACGGGGAAGGGGAUAGUGGAGUAUACGUCCAAACCUGCCGCGCGGAAAGCGCUGGAUAAAUGCAGCGACGGCGCGUAUCUGCUGACCGCGUUCCCGCGGCCCAUCACGGUGGAGCCGAUGGAGCAGCUGGAUGAAGAGGAGGGUCUGUCUGAGAAGAUCAUCAACAAAAACCAGCAGUAUCACAAAGAGCGUGAGCAGGCCCCCCGGUUUGCCCAGCCUGGCUCCUUUGAGUAUGAGUAUGCGAUGCGUUGGAAGGCUCUGAUGGAGAUGGAGAAGCAGCAGUACGAGAUGGUGGACCGCAACAUGAAGGAGGCCCAGGAGAAGCUGGAGGCAGAGAUGGAGGCCGCCCGGCACGAGCACCAGGUGAUGCUGAUGCGUCAGGACCUGCUGCGGCGCCAGGAGGAGCUGCGGCGGAUGGAGGAGCUCCACAACCAGGAGGUCCAGAAGAGGAAGCAGGCGGAGCUGCGGCAGGAAGAGGAGCGCCGACGCCGUGAGGAGGAGAUGGUCAAGCGCCAGCAGGACGGCUUCCGGGGGAACUUCCCCGAGAGCAGGGAGCAGGAGAUGAGGAUGCACAUGGGCGGGAUGAACAGGAACUCGCUGGGCGGCGGGCCCGGCCCGGUCGGCGCCGCCGACAACGCCGCCAUGAUGCCCGGCGGCCCCGGGAACAACGGCAACAUGCCCGGGGGCGGCCCGGGAGGAUUCGCCAGAGGCCUCCCCAACCCCGGGGACUACGGACCCAACAAGCAGCGCAGGUUUUGAAAACGUCGGCCGACAUUUUCACAACAUUUUUGCCAGGUUAUUUUUUUCCACACUCGCUGUAUUUUAAGGUUUCGGGGUCGUGAGUGUGGGUCACUUUCUGAACUUUUUGUAAACUGUUGCAUGUUUUUUAUUUAGUUUUUUUAAAGCUGCAACGAUUAGUCGAUCGACGGAGAAAUCUACGCCGACUAUUUAGAUGACGGGUUAGCCUGUAAGUGACUUCAGCCUCUCAGAGUGUGGAGGUUAGCUGCUUUCAGUCUUCACCUUUCAGACGACGUAGAAGACGUUUUUCACUAUUUUACAGACCAAACGAUAAUUCAGUUACUCGGGAAAAUAAUCAGUAAUUACACAAACACACAGACACACACACAGAGACACACACACACACCCACACAGAGACACACACACACACACAAAGACACACACACACACACACACACACACACACACACACACACACAAAGACAGACACACACACACACACAAAGACACACAGACACACACACACAGAGACACACACACAGCUUCGUCUUUGAGAGAAACUGAGUCGGACAUUUUUCACUAUUUUCUGACAUUUUAUAGAUGGAACGAUGAAAACAAUCGUACUUAUACUCUAUAAUAUUGUGUGUGUGUGUAUAUAUAUAUAUAUAUAUAUAUAUAUACAUACACACACACAUACAUACAUAUACUCUGGUAAGUAGAGCUGCAAAGAGAAGUCGAUCGACAGAAAAAUAACUUCUAUUAUUUGAAAGAUCGAUUUAAUCGUUUAGCCUAAAAAAACUCAGAAAAUGUCGUUUUCAUCCUCUGCUUCUCUUCUGUUUCGUGUCAUAUUAAACUGAUUAUUUUUAGUUUUUAGACAGAAGAAGACAUUUGAACAAAGACAUCAUCUUGAGAAACUGAAAAUAAUUUUUUUUGCCGUUUUCUGACUUUUUGUGGCCCAAACGGUUAAUAAUCGAUACAGAAAACAAGUGCUAGUUGCAGCUUUAUACCUUUUAUUUGUACCUUCUUUAGUACUAAUGUCCUAAAAAAUGUCCUAACUUUAAACGAGCCAUGUCUUUUACUUUUAUUUUUCACCUUUUUAGUGUAUUUUUCAUAGCCAUAGAACAUGUUUGUGUCCUUAAAUAUAUGUUGAGUUUUCUGGAAUAAAUUCACGAUUCUCUCAGAUUUCUGUUUUUGUACAUUUUAAGUUUUCUCAAAGUCUUUAAAAAUCUCCAUGGAGCCGUCAAGUGUAGAGCUGCAAACAUGAAUGGAUUAGUUUUCAACUAUUAAAUUAAUCUUCAACUAUUUUGAUAAUUGA